CUGUAUUAGGCCGCCAGCGGUACUAAACGACGCUGGGGAAGGUACAGAAACAGAGGAGGAAAGAAAAGGGAAGGACAAAGGAGGAAAGAAAAAUAAAUCCUGGCUGAAGAAGUAUUUUGCAAAAAAACGGAAAGGAAGAAAGGCAAUGGAGGAGAGACAGGCAGUGGUGGUGGAGGAGGAGGAGAGCCAGGCAGUGGUGGUGGAGGAGGAGGAGAGCCAGGCAGUGGUGGUGGUGGUGGUGGAGGAAAGCCAGGCAGUGAUGGUGGAGGAGGAGGAGAGCCAGGCAGUGAUGGUGGUGGUGGUGGAGGAAAGCCAGGCAGUGAUGGUGGAGGAGGAGGAGAGCCAGGCAGUGAUGGUGGAGGAGGAGGAGAGCCAGGCAGUGGUGGUGGUGGAGGAGGAGAGCCAGGCAGUGAUGGUGGAGGAGGAGGAGAGCCAGGCAGUGGUGGUGGAGGAGGAGGAGAGCCAGGCAGUGGUGGUGGAGGAGGAGGAGAGCCAGGCAGUGGUGAUGGUGGAGGAGGAUAGCCAGGUGUUGGAGGAAGAGAGCCAGGCAAUGGCGGAGGAGUGCAAGGCAAUAGAGGAGGAGUGCAAGGGAUUGGUGGAGGAGUUCAAUGGAUUGUUGGAGAAGUGCAGGGCAAUGAUGGAGAAGAGAAAGGCAAUGAUGGAGGAGGAGAGCAAGGCAAUGAUGGAGGAGGAGAGAAAGGCAAUGAUGGAGGAGUACAAGGCGAUGGAGGAGGGGUACAAGGCAAUGGAGGAGAAGUACAAGGGAUUGGUGGAGGAGAAGUACAAGGGAUUGGUGGAGGAGAGCAAGGCAAUGGAGGAGGAGGAGAGAAAGGCAAUGGCGGCGGAGAGCCAGGCAAUGGCAGAGAAGUGUAAGGCAAUGGCGGAGAAGUGUAAGGCAAUGGCAGAGGAGAGCCAGGCAAUGGCGGAGGAGUGCAAGGCAAUGGCGGAGGAGUGCAAGGGAUUGUUGGAGGAGAGCAAGGCAAUGGAGGAGGAGGAGAGCAAGGCUUUGACUUUGACAAUGGAGGAGGAGUGCAAGGGAUUGGAGGAGGAGUACAAGGCAAGGAAGAAAAUGAUGCAAGAUGAGGAAGCCAGUAAUGGACGAGACAGUCAAUAUGUUCUAUGUUCAAUCAGUACUACUUAACUAUGUAUAUACUUGUAAAUAAAGCAUUUAAAACGAAGAAGAGACAGG